AUGAUGAUGAACACUGGUAAGGGGCAUGAGAACUGCACUUCAGAGAAACAGAAAUACCUUAAGGUCUGGGGGGAUUUGGGACAGCAUUUAACACUGGUGUUGGGUAUUAUUUAUAGUAAAGCUUACCUAUUGGGAAGCUGUUACCUUGUACUCACUGUCACAUCAAUCAGAUCUGCGCAUAUGGUGAAGAAGAAGGAUAGCAGUGUCACAAUCCUGGAGAUUGUUUGGACCAAUGACUUAGUCUGGCAGCUAUUGGCACAGAUUGAGUUAUCAGAGAACAGAGUCAUGCUUCUAGGCAAGCAGAAGAAGGGUGAGGUGAGUGAUAGCAAAGUGACAGUAUAUCAGCACAUGGCAGCUUCUGUUUUCCCACAAUUACACAGCCAGAAUGCUGUUGCAAUGGGGGACUGA